AAAUAGUCUUUAUUAUGAUUUACUAAUAAAUCACUCUCGCACUCUUUCUUAAACCCCUAUUUCUGCCCCCUUCGCUCCCAAAAUCCUAAUUUUUCUCCCUCUCACCAUUCACUACCAUCUAAAUUUCUAUUUUUCUCCAUCACAAUACCCAGUUUCUCCAUCUACAACUUUCAAACCUUUCUUCAUAUUGUCUCCUCCCUCCCAAUCUAUAUAAACGGCUAACAGUGAAAUAAAAGGGGGCAGAAGAAAAGGAGUGAAAGGGGAUAAUAGUGCGAUACUGAAAGCGGGGAUCUGAUCUUGUGAAAGCUUCAACUGCUUCUUCAUUUGUUUUGUUGCUGGGGAGAACCAUAGUGAAAGGUAUUUUUUUUUUCUCUCUCGAUGGUUUCUGUGAUGAAGUGUAGGAUGCUAAGUAAAUGUUAAAUUUGUAAUGAUUUUCAUUGCUCUUUUCUAUAUAAGAAGUCUAAAAAUCGGUUUAUGAUAUAUUUGGUUGUAUGUGGGUAAGCAUGUUCGUCUUUUGUAUGAAGUAAAGUAUCUCAUGAUUAUUUUUCACACCUCCUCAUUUCUCUCACUCCCACAAUCUCAAAUCAAUAAUGGCCUUUCCCUUUCUCCUCAUUUGUCACAAAAGUUGUAUUAUUUUUUUUUUUUUUAAAGUUAAACUGUAUUCGAAAACAUAUAAAUUAAUUGUUGUUAAUAACUAAAUACUUCAACAAGAUUUGGAGUUUGGGUCUUUUGGCGACAACACAAAUUCUUUGGCUAAGAUUAGUGAUAUUUGUAUUCUUAUAUUGUGACAAAUUUUAGUUUCACAAGUGAAAAUCACAUAUUGCAUGGGUUAUUGUUUGCAAAAUUGAUUUUGAAAUUGACUUUGGAAAAUUGCUUUUGAAUAGACUGACGUUGAUGCAAAGUUAUAGUGUUUUGGUGAUUUCAUUUUAAAAGCAAGUUGCUAGUAGAAUAAGGAUUCAGUACAACAGUUUUAUUCAAUGCAUAAACUACCAUAGUUGUUUCAAUUUAAUUCAAUUCUGAACUUGGAAUCAGUUUUCCAGUGUGAGGCUAAAAUUGAAUUUAUGUUGUUUUGUAGUGUUAUCUUUCAGUGAGUCUGUUUAUUGCACCUUGGGUUUUUUGGGUAUCACACUUGUAAGAUUUUAGGCCCCCGAUUUCAUUUGUGCUAAUUAGAACUUCCAAGUAUUGCACGGUCAAGUUUGGUUUUUCUCGUGCCAGUUUCUUUUGUGGGUGCGUGUGUGUGUUUGUGCUCACCAGUUUUCCAAAUUGCGAUCUCUGGCUUCUCCACAAAUCCACUUGCAAAAUGACCACUUUUCAAAUGGCAAAAGAACAAUUUGCCACCUUGUGUUCAAGAGGGCACGUAAGAGAGGCUUUUGAAAGCUUUGUAUCAGAGAUAUGGGCAGAACCCCGUUUGUUCUCAAACCUCCUCCAAGCAUGCAUUGGGUUGAAGUCUGUUUCUUUAGGCAAGCAACUUCACUCUUUGAUAUUAACUUCUGGCUGUUCCUCAGACAAGUUCAUUUCCAACCAUCUCCUCAACCUCUACUCAAAAUUUGGGGAGCUUAGAGCUGCUGUAGCUUUGUUUGAUCGAAUGCCCAGGAGGAACAUCAUGUCAUGUAACAUCAUGAUCAAGGCCUAUCUUGAAAUGGGCAACAUCGAGAGUGCCAGGAACCUGUUUGAUGAAAUGCCUGAGAGAAAUAUUGCCACGUGGAACGCGAUGGUAACGGGUUUGGCCAAGUUUGAAAUGAACGAGGAGUCUUUAGUCUUCUUUUCAAGAAUGAAUGAGUUAGGGUUAAUGCCAGAUGAGUACUCUUUGGGUAGUGUGCUCAGGGGAUGUGCUCAUCUAGGAGCUUUAUUUGCUGGCCAACAGGUUCAUGCCUAUGUUAUGAAAUGUGGGUUUGAGUUAAAUUUGGUUGUUGGAUGCUCUUUAGCUCAUAUGUAUAUGAAAGCUAGAAGCAUGGAUGAUGGGGAGAGAGUUAUCAAUUGGAUGCCAGAUUACAAUUUGGUUGCUUGGAAUACACUUAUGGCUGGAAAAGCUCAAAAGGGGUCCUUCGUGGGAGUUCUAGAUCAAUACUGUAUGAUGAAAAAGGCAGGUUUUAGGCCAGACAAGAUUACUUUUGUUAGUGUGAUCAGCUCGUGCUCGGAGUUAGCUAUCCUUGGUCAAGGGAAGCAAAUUCAUGCUGAAGCAAUCAAAGCAGGAGCUAGUUAUGAAGUUUCUGUUGUUAGUUCAUUGGUUAGUAUGUACUCUAGAUGUGGAUGUUUGCAAGAGUCUUUCAAAUCUUUUUUGGAAUGCAAAGAGCGAGAUGUUGUGUUAUGGAGUUCAAUGAUUGCUGCUUAUGGGUUUCAUGGUGAAGGAGAAGAAGCCAUCAAACUUUUCAAUCAAAUGGAACAAGAAAAUAUGCCAGUAAACGAGGUCACUUUCUUGAGCUUGCUUUAUGCUUGUAGUCAUUGUGGAAUGAAGGAUAAAGGACUUGAAUUCUUUGAUAUGAUGGUGAAAAAGUAUGGACUCAAGGCUAGACUAGAACAUUAUACUUGUGUGGUUGACCUACUAGGAAGGUCUGGCCGUUUGGAGGAGGCAGAGGCCAUGAUACGAUCCAUGCCUGUAAAAGCAGACGCAAUUAUAUGGAAGACAUUAUUAUCUGCGUGUAAACUCCACAAGAAUGCGGAAAUUGGAAGAAGAGUUGCUGCAGAAGUUCUUACGAUCGAUCCUCAAGAUUCAGCUUCAUAUGUUCUACUUGCCAACAUUUAUUCUUCAGCUAAGAGAUGGCAAAAUGUUUCUGAGGUAAGGAGAGCCAUGAAAGACAAGAUGGUGAAGAAAGAACCAGGCAUAAGUUGGGUAGAGUGAAGAAUCAGGUUCACCAGUUUCCUAUGGAAGAUAUCUCUACUCAUCUUGGAGACUUUCAUAGUUGAACAAUAACAAGGCAUUGAAAGCAUUUUCCAUAAGGGCAUCCUUGGGGGAAAGGCAACAAGAAGGGAGAAGGGGGUUUCUGAAAUUAUUGCUUGGAAAUGCGGGAGUUGGAUUACAGUACUUUAUGGAUUUGAAUUGCUCUGAAAGAAGGAGUUACAGUUGACCACACAUGCUCGUAUGACCGCACAGUUGGAUUCAUAGAAUUAAUAAUGCUUUUGAAUUACAGUACUAUAUGGAUUUGAAUUACUCUGAAAGAAGGAAGCCAUUACAGUCUGAUGUUCACUUUCCAGGAACGAUUGAGGUUCUACAUCCCAACUUUCCUGUUUCUUUGAGGAGAUCAAGUACAUAUUUCCUUUAGGAGAUGAAAAUUCCAUUCUUGGAGUAAACAACCACUAUUCCAAGAAAAUAUUUGAGUUUUCCCAGUCACCUGAUGAAUUGAUGGACAUGGCACAUAAAUAUUAUGUUGAUACUGCACUUCCAAAGCUGGUGACAGAUUUUGCGUCCCUUGAACUCUCACCCGUUGAUGGAAGGACGUUGACUGAUUUCAUGCUACAAAUGCACUUGCGCAUUGAUUUCCAAUAAGAAAACCAAGUUAUUGAUUCCUUACCCAUUCCCUAGGAUACUAAAGAACUUUUUAUUUUUUAAUUAUAUAUAUUUUUUUCUGCGGCAUUAGGUUCAUAAAUAUAAGUAGGGGUUUCACAGGUCUGUUUGGACCAAAUUUAGUUGAAAGUAAAAUCUGAACCAAUUAAUUUUCAUUGGUUUGAAUUGCUUUUAGUUUUUCGAAAAAAACAAAUUCAAAAUCAAAAUCUAACCAGCCCAUUCUUGAUAGUCUUGAUUUGGUUCAAGACCAAUUGGAUCCAAUUAUAUGUAAAUAUACAAAAUUUUGUUUUAGCGAAGAAGUCAGAAUACAAAAUUUUGUCCAAAAUUUACCAAUAAUUCUAUCAUUAACCUUGAAUAGUGUUGUAAGCAAGGUGUUAUAGGUCACUAUAUCCGGGUAACAACCCCUUGACAUCAUUAUUUCCAAAUACUCAAUCGGUCUAUCCAUCUUUUUUCUCUUGACAAAACCCAUGAAGCAAUGGAUUGUAACUCAAGGAUAACACUCCCUCUGCAGCUGCCUGUUGAGAAACUCCAUUGCUUCCUUCAAUUUCUCACUGCUACACAAACUACGCAAAAUGGUGUUAUAUGUAACAACAUCAGGAGCAACACUCAUUCUUUCCAAAACCGAAAGGACUUUAUCUAUAUCUCCUGAUUUGCAAAUUUCAUUAGUGUUUAUUGUUUUCUUAAUUAUUCUCCAUUACUUCUCAUGGACUCUACAGGAAAGACUUAUUAUGAAUGUUUGUUAGGUCGUGGAGGCAAUGACAGUUUGCUUGAUAUUUGAUCAGUCAAGGAUUUUGAAAUUAUAGUAGAGUAUCCAUUUAUAGAGGAAAUUGCAGCCUGUAUUUACUUUCACAAGCAAAAUGCCAGCACUAAGAUUUUAGAAACUUGUACAAAACUAGACAUAAAUUAUUAUGUGAUUAGAAGGGUAUUUAAUUUCAUUACUUUC